AUGAUGGCCGCGCGGCCCUUUACCUCCACAGUCCCUAGCAGCUUAGCGCAAGUCGCGGCGGCAAUCGCGCUGGUUCUCGCGCUGUCCGCGGCGUGUACGCGGCCCGCCGGCGCGUCGUUCUGCGCCGACUACGUGCAGGCCUUCAAAUCGCCCGAUCUUGCAUCCGUGGAUGACAUCGUCCUCACCGCGUACACGGGCCGGUGGUACGAGAUCGGAUCGACGGCGGGGUUCCGAUUCACGUUCGAGCUGGGGCUGACGUGCACGACGGCCAACUAUACGGCCAAGGGGUUGGUCAACGGCCGCAACAAAGUCAAGGUGGUCAACCGCGGCAUGCGCAGCGUCGCUCUCCCGCGCCGCUCGCAGAUCUUCACCACCUCGUUAAACGCCAAUCGCAUCGCCAGCAAUCUCAGGAUCGUCUGUGGAGUCGCCAACACCGCCGCUGCAGCGAGCGCUCAAGCACAGACCCUCCUCUCCGCGAAUACCGCCACAAACAGCAGCGUUGAAUCCCUCGCUGUGGCCGAUAAACUCGCCGCAUUCGCCAUGGCGGUGUCGUCUGACGCGGAGAUGAUCGACAACGCACUGAGGGAUUUUCAGACGGAGGCCGACAAGCUGAACAAGCGCGGGCAGGCCAAGGGGUUCAGCGGCGCCAGGAGCAAGAUGCUCAAGUCCAUCUCGAACAUCCAGGGCGCUGCUGGACGAAUAAUUCAAGCGGCUUUCACUGGGAAGACCGCAGCACAGGGGCUGUCUGGGGCGCUGAGAGGCAUGGGUGGGCAGGGCGCAGACACAGCUGCAAACGGGCUGGGGUCGCUGGUGGGAAACACAAGGAUAAUGUUCGCCGCCACCAGCAUUGUGCGGCUCGCCACGGUCAUGGUUGCACCCACAGUCGCCAUGGUGCCGUCGCCUCUCAGAAGCCUUUCACAAGGCUUUGCUCGAGGCAAAGCCUUGCAAAGCAAGAAGAAUGCGGGCCGCCUCUCUGUGACAUUCUUUGGCCCGGCGCCAACAAAGCCCAACUACUCUGUGUUUAACGUGCAAGGCGAUCCAUCGGCGGGGCAGUACACACAAUCAACUGUGGUUGAUACAAGUGGAGGCGAGGCCACAAUCUGGCUUCUGGCUCGCACACCUACGAUUCCACAGUUGGCGCAAGUUACGGCGGCUGUUACGCUGCUCCUCGCGCUUUUUGCGCUAGCACCCGCCUCCGCGUCGUUCUGCGCCGACUAUCUUGAUGCCUUCAAAUGCCCCAAGCUCGCGUCCUUCGACACCGUUGACAUCUCGGCUUACACGGGUCGGUGGUACGAGGUGGCGUUGACAGCGCGGUUCCACUACGAGAGGGAGGUGGGGCUCACGUGCACCACGGCGGAUUACACACCCAACGGGCAGGUCAACGGGCAGAAGCGAAUCAAGGUGCUCAAUCGUGGCAAGCGCAGCAUUGCCUUCGCGCGGCAAGCACAGGUUCUACUGUCCUCGACGAACGCCGGCCGCAUAGCCACCAACCUCGGGAUUGUCUGCCGAGUCGCAUACAACGCAGCCAAGGCGAGCGCGCAGGCGCAGGCCCUCCUCGCCGCCAACGCCUCUGCGGACGCCGCCACAACCAGUGUCGGCACAACCUCAGGCCCGCUCACGGCAGCCAAUGAGCUUGCGGCAUCUCUCGCCUCGGUGUCGUCUGACGCGGAAAUUAUUGACAACGCCGCGAGGGAUUUCCAGACGGCGAUGAGUGUGAUGAAUGAGCGGCCGAAUCCCAAGGAAUACAGCAGCGCCAAGGGCAAGAUGCUCAAGUCCAUCUCCAACAUCCAGGGCGCUGCUGGGCGGAUCUUCCAGGCGGGGUUUACUGGGAGGACUGCAGCGAAGCAGCUCAGCGGAGUGCUGCAGUCCUUGGGCAGGCAGGAUGCCAAGACUGCUGCCAAUGGGCUUCAGGCAUUUGUGCGAAACACGAGGCUGCUAUUCGCAUCCAGCAGCAUAAGCAGGCUCGCCACCGCCAUGGUUCCCGUUGUGCUCUCCAUGGUGCCCUCCCCCUUCUCCCGCGUGGGUCAGGGUGGCUUUCCGCGCGCCAAGGCCAUCCAGAGCAAGAGCAAUGCUGGAAAACUGUUUGUGAUAUUCUAUGGUAAGAAGUCAAAAGAGCCCAACUACAUUAUCACUGACUUGCAAGGAGACGCUUCCAGUGGCUACAGCCUUGCCACCGUUUAUACCUGCUAUCAGGGCAAGACAACGGUUUGGCUUCUAUCUCGCACCCCCAAUGUGGCGCAAUCCGAUAUAGAUGCUGCUUUGGGCCGCUCGCUAGCUCAAGAUGUGUCGCCCAGCGAUGGCUCCGACGACGUACCCUUCUGCGAGAAAUUCGUCGAGGAUUCAUCCCCAAAGUGCCCGAACGUCGAGACCGUGCCGAACUUCAACAUGGGCAAGUUCAUGGUAAGCACCGCCCGUCAACCAUCGGCCACACGUCAAUCCUCUCGUACCACGGGAUCUCUCAACUCCCCUCUUCCUCCCUUUCGGUAUUCCGCUGCCCCCGUUGCCGAGCAGGGAAAGUGGUACGAGAUUGGUGCCACGGCGCUGGGCAAGUUUCAGAGCAAGGGCGAGCUGGGUAUCGCGUCCAUAACCUACACCUACAGCACCGCCAAGAAGGGAAAGUCCCGCGGCGCUCUCAGCUUGACGCGCCAGGGCGUGGUGGCGGUGAUGCCGAUGCGCCGCAGCCAGGUCGCCGCGAUCUCCGCCGCCACCACCGUUCUCGCGCAGCAGCUGCGCGCCGUGUGCGGCAUGGUGUCGUCGGUGCGCACGAAGCAGCAGCUGAGCACGUCGUACCUCACGCUCGGUUCCGAAGAGCUCCCGGUCGACGUGAAGCAGUCCGUGUCAUACGGCCUCGGGAGUAUCGAGGGCGCCGUGGCUGACGUGUCGCGACGCGCGGAAACGCUUUGGGCGGAGCUGGAUGACGUGCAGCGCGCCAAUGCGCAGUUGAACCAGCGCGACUCCUUCGCGUUGGUGACGCGGAUGAAGAGCGCGUUGCGGAGCGCGUCAAGCGCGAUUCAGGGGGCGGCGAAGGGAAUCGACGCGAAGCGGAACGAGAUGUUUUCUAUCGCUGCCAUGAACCGCGUGAUUGUAGGCGGCGUGACUGCAGCGCAGGGCAGCGCCAAGGGGAAGGAAGCAAUCUCCCUGGCUAUGGCGAACGUGAUGACCGAGUGCCAGAACGGCAGCACCUUCUCGCAGCGCGUGGCGGCGUUGGCCUCCGCCACGCGCUCUCUGUCGCCCCUAGUGUCGAGCCUCUUCAGCAGCCCCAGCCCUGCGCUCUACACCACACGCACCACCGCCACCGCCACUCUCAAACUCACCUCCGAGGCUGGGAAGAUGAUCCAGCAGUUUCAGGGCGUGCAGACAGACCACUGGAUUAUUGGUCUCUGGGGCAAUUCUGCUAAGGGGUACUCACAUGCACUUGUGUACUCGUGCUACCAGUCCACACCAGGCUUGUCAUCAGAUCAAGAUGGCCAGAGGAACGUGAAAGUGGCCGUGGCUGUGGACGGCAGCGACAACAGCAUGCACGCGCUUCGAGAGGCGGUGCGGCUCUUCGCGCGCACAGCCAAGGAGUUCCACAUCAUGCACGCGCACAAGCCGCCAAAUGAGUUCCGCACGGACUCACUGUUCUCAUGGCAGGAGUACUACCAGCGCAUAGAGCAUGAGAGGCACGCCAAGGCGCAGCAGCUGCUGCAGAAGUGCGCUGCCGUGGUGAAGGAAGAGGGUGGGAAGCUGGGGAUGGACGAGGGCGUGGCGGUGAGUGGCGUGGAUCUCAAGGGCGACCCUCGGGAUGUGCUAGCUAGCCACGUGGAGAGGGUUGAUGCGGAUCUGAUGGUCAUGGGGACACGUGGCAUGAGCCUGCUCAAACGCAUGGCUCUUGGGAGUGUGAGCUCGCACUGUGUGCACCAUGCUCCUUGCCCAGUGCUGGUUGUUCCAUUGAAAGCAGAUGCAUCUCACGAGUCAGUAUCAGCACCCAAAGCAAGUGCCACCCAAGCUGGAACAUCUGAGCUGGAGACUCAUGCAUUGUCUGCUGUAGGGGGUGCUUGA